CCCCCAUGCAGCCUUAUAGGGCUUCCGGUUCCUCCGGAUCUCAGCAGAGACGGAGACGUGAUGAUCGGCGGGGUCUUCUCCAUACGCAGCAAGUGGGAGCAGAAAACGCAGGUUUUUACGGCCGGGCCGUGGCAACCCAAGUGUAGCAGUCUGAGCUUUAGAGAAUUACAAAGUGCACAGACGAUGGUGUUUGCCAUUGAGGAGAUCAAUAACAGAUCAGAUCUUCUGCCUGGUGUCAAUCUGGGUUAUAAAAUCUACGAUUCCUGUGGAUCUGUAGAAAUGACAACAAGAGCCUCUUUGUCUUUAGUUAAUGGAAACUUGAGUCUAACAUCUUGUUCCAAAUCAGAAACGGUUAAAGCGAUCAUAGGACAAACUUCAUCCAGCCCCUCGAUAGCUAUCUCUGCAACAGUCGGACCUUUGCACAUUCCCAUGAUCAGUCACUUUGCAACAUGUGCCUGCCUGAGCGACAAAAACAAGCAUCCGUCUUUCUUCCGAACGGUUCCCAGCGAUUACUACCAGAGCAGAGCGCUGGCCAAGCUGGUCAAGCACUUCGGCUGGACGUGGGUCGGAGCUCUGUGCAGCGAUAACGACUACGGUAACAAUGGCAUGAACACAUUCAUCAGCGCAGCCAAAGAAGAAGGAGUUUGUAUCGAGUACUCAGAGGCGUUCUUUAGAACGGACACGAGAGAAGAACUACAGAGGAUAGUGGAGAUCAUCAAGACCUCGAGCUCCAGGGUAAUCGUAGCUUUCGUCUCAUUCUCUGAUAUCGGGUUCCUGCUGAGAGAAAUGGCCCUGCAAAACAUCACUGGCUUUCAGUGGAUCGGGAGCGAGUCCUGGAUCUCUGAUAUAAACAUCGCAAACGCUGAAUGGCGGCAUGUUCUAAAAGGGUCGAUGGGUUUUGCGCUCCCGAAAGCUAAAAUCGACGGCCUACGAGAAUUCCUGACAAAUCUUGACCCCUCAAGUGAUGUAGAUCUUUACAAAGAAUUGUGGGAGACGACAUUUCAGUGUAAACUUCCCUCUGUUGGAAACGCUGGCACCGAAGGCAUCUGCAAAGGAGAUGAGAAGUUCAGUGAGGUGCACAACCAGUACACGGACGUUUCAGAGUUACGAAUCUCAAGUAACGUCUAUAAGGCUGUGUAUGCCGUGGCUCACGCCCUGCAUGAGAUAUACGGCUGCUCCAGUAGGGAUGGUGGACCAGCAGCCUGUACAAACCCAACACAUGACCCUCAACCUUGGCAGGUACUCGACGAGUUGAAGAAGGUGAAUUUCUUCACUGCAACAGGAGAGAAGGUAUACUUUGAUGAAAACGGAGACCCGGCAGCCAGGUACGAUCUGCUGAACUGGCAGCAGGACCAGGAUGGUAGAACAGUGUUUGUUAAAGUGGGUUUCUACGAUGCUUCAUUGAAGGCGCAUCUUCAGCUUUCGUUCAACAACAUCAGUAUAGCCUGGGCCCACAACAAGCAAGAGGUUCCAGUCUCGGUGUGCAGCGAGAGCUGUCCUGUGGGCACCAGGAAGGCAGUGAAGAAAGGAAGGCCCGUCUGCUGCUACGACUGUAUACCAUGUGCAGAAGGGGAGAUCAGCAAUAUGACAGAUUCUGUAUCUUGCAUCAAGUGCCCACCUGAACUCUGGUCCAAUGACAGGAACGAUAUCUGUAUCCUAAAGCUGGUGGAGUUUCUGUCGUACGAGGAAAUAAUGGGGAUCAUUCUUGUGUCGUUUUCUUUGUUAGGAGUUUCGUUCACCAUCGCCGUCGCUGUAAUUUUCUUUACGUACAAGGACACACCGAUCGUCAGAGCCAACAACUCUGAGCUGAGCUUCCUGCUGCUCUUCUCUCUGACUCUGUGUUUCCUCUGUUCACUUACUUUCAUCGGUCGACCCUCGGCGUGGUCCUGCAUGCUGCGCCACACAGCGUUCGGGAUCACCUUCGUCCUCUGCAUCUCCUGUGUUCUGGGUAAAACAAUAGUGGUGUUGAUGGCGUUCAGAGCGACACUUCCGGGCAGUAACGUCAUGAAAUGGUUUGGGCCUCCACAGCAGAGACUCAGUGUUCUUGCUUUCACUUUAAUACAGGUCAUUAUUUGUGUGUGUUGGUUAAUAAUAUCUCCUCCGUAUCCUUAUAAGAACAUGAAUUACUACAAGGACAGGAUCAUUUUAGAGUGUAAUGUAGGAUCAGCUGUGGGUUUCUGGGCUGUUCUGGGUUAUAUCGGGAUUUUGGCUCUUCUGUGUUUUGUUUUGGCUUUUUUAGCUAGAAAACUUCCUGAUAAUUUUAAUGAAGCUAAAUUUAUUACCUUCAGCAUGUUGAUAUUCUGUGCAGUUUGGAUCACUUUUAUUCCAGCGUAUGUCAGUUCACCUGGUAAAUUUACUGUAGCUGUGGAGAUUUUUGCUAUUCUGGCCUCAAGUUUUGGUUUGCUGUUCUGUAUUUUCCUUCCUAAAUGUUACAUAAUCAUCCUGAAACCUGAGAAGAACACCAAAAAACAACUGAUGGGUAAAUGA